GUGAAGGAAGUUGGGGAGGAGGACGGGAAGGGGAGGGUUUUGCCCAUGGACAGGGAAUGGCAGCAAAGGAAGGAAGCGAAGGAAAACAAUCACGGACACUUGGUUGUUUGUGCGAGAGGAGAACAAGCAUUUGCGUUCUAGGACCGGCAUUUCUUUUCUUGUUUCUCAGAGGCGGAAAGUUUUGAUCGCUUAUGGUGGAGAUAGCAGCAGAGAGUUAGCGCGUGAGUUGAGAUUGACCUGCCGAGGGAGUCUGAGGAGGGCGAGGAGGAGGUGGAUUGAGCAAUGGGGGUCGUUGCUGCUGCAAGUGGAGUUCUCGCAUGCUGCAAUGCUGCUGCUGCUGGUCUUGUGUCGUCGCCGAGGAGCUCCAAGGCUUUGACGCCUCUGGCGCCUUCCCAGAUUCGCGGAGCUCCUUUGAUUUGUCGACUUUCAGUCGUUCGCUUGCAUUCUGAGAGACGCGGUGAUUAUUCUCAUCGUGGAAAGAUCGUGUGCAAAAGCUCUACUGCGACGCAAAAUGAUGCUUCUGUGUCUCAGUCUCAAGCCGGCCAAGGAGUCAAGCAUUUUCUUCACAUCGAUGAUUACGACAACAAAACUAUAAUGAAUAUUCUUGAGAGGGCCGCGGAGGUGAAGGCUAAGCUAAAAAGUGGUGAUAGAAGUUUCAAGCCCUUUGCUGGGAAAACUAUGGCCAUGAUCUUUACCAAGCCAUCCAUGAGGACUCGAGUAUCUUUUGAAACAGGCUUUCAUCUCCUUGGAGGUCACGCCAUCUACUUGGGACCUGAUGACAUACAGCUGGGAAAACGGGAAGAAACCAGAGAUAUUGCCCGUGUUCUGUCAGGAUACAACGAUGUGAUCAUGGCCCGCCUGUUUGCACACAAGGACCUCAUUGAUCUGGCUAAGUUUGGUAGCGUGCCGGUCAUCAACGGGUUGACAGAUUACAAUCAUCCAUGCCAGAUAAUGGCUGACGCAUUGACUAUUAUUGAACACAAAGGCUACAUCGACAACAUCAAGGUCGUGUAUGUCGGAGAUGGAAACAACGUUGUACACUCUUGGUUGCGGUUUGCAGCGGUCGUCCCUAUCCACUUUGUUUGUGCUUGCCCACGAGGUUUUGAACCCGAUCCAACAACUGUUGAGCAAGCGAGGGCGAAAGGUGCGAAGAUCGACAUAGUGAAUGAUCCAAUGGAAGCCGUCAAAGGAGCAGAUGUGAUUUACUCCGAUGUAUGGGCUAGUAUGGGUCAAAAGGAAGAGGCUGCGUUAAGAAUGCAGCGAUUUCAAGGCUUUCAGGUGAACGAGAAAAUGAUGGAGCAGGCAGGCCCCCAGGUACUCUUUAUGCACUGUUUACCUGCGGAAAGAGGGGUGGAGGUCACUGAUGGUGUAAUCGAAGCACCCAACUCUAUCGUGUUCCCGCAGGCCGAGAACCGCAUGCACGCUCAAAAUGCUGUCAUGUUACACGUUCUUGGAGCUUAAUCUAUUCUCCAAGCCUACAUGAGUGCAAACUCAUUGUGUUUCAUUGUCCUAUGGGGCCUGGUAUCAUGAGCUUGUUCUUCUCAAUGAUGACGGUACCUGCUGUUAGUGGAAUCCCCACUCCCAUAUGCUGCCUUAAAAGUUUUUGUACCUUUAGUUGGGUCCAACUUAAUAUGUGAAGGAGAAAUAUACAUGCCUUUUGAAAAGAGCAGGUCUUUGUUUAAGUAGAGGUACUUGAAACAGUAGGCACGUGUUACACAGAUCAUCGUCACUGAAUUAUCCCGUAAAUAGGAGAGGAAGAGAGAAGAGUGACAGACGGUUCCAAAUUGGGAGCUGUCACUCAAGCGGAAGUCAGCAGUCACUUUGGAGCACUAGUCUUUAGAGAAGUUUUGUGAAUAGUGAACCUAGACCUGAAGGUUCACCUGUGUAUUAUGGACGAUCAAACUAUCUUUGGCAAGUUCUGCAGGAGCUUUUUUCUCUGUGCUGCCCCUUCAUUUGGGAUCAAAGUUACACGAACAUCAGACUGUCAGCUUGAACUCAAGGUUUUCC